CUCUCGCAUAAAAGCUCGACGCGACCGUCUUGCUCAUCAGACGCACCAAUUUAAAGAGCUGCGCUUUGCCGUCCGGCCGUGAGACCCGGUUGCUUUCGGUUUUGGCGUGAGGCGUCCUGUGCUGCCUGGGAGGUGUUUUCAAAAAAGUAAAAAGUAAAAAAUAAAAAAGACAGAACGAGUAGAAGUCAGUGGCAGUCAAUAGAUUCCCUAAUCAGCAGACUUGGCAGCAGGUGUGAAUUCAUGUCUGUAUUUUCCCCGCAGAUAUACUGCCCAGUGUUUGUGCCCAGCCGAGAUAUGACUGAGGUGAUGAUCAACAGCACCCCCAUGGAGGAUAUGAGGCUCAGCCCCAGCAAGGACAGACUCUCCUUCCAGAUAUUCCCUGACCCCUCAGACUUUGACCGUUGCUGUAAGCUCAAGGAUCGUCUGCCAUCCAUUGUGGUUGAGCCGACAGAGGGAGAAGUCGAGAGCGGAGAGCUUCGCUGGCCUCCAGAGGAGUUCCUGGUCAGUGAAGAGGAGGAGGAGGAGGACGACGACGACGAAGACGAGGAGGAGCACCAUAAUGGCAGCAUCCAAAACGGACAGCCCACAAAGAAUUCUCAGCACUAGAGGCUGUGUUGCAGCACCCACACUCUAUUGUUCUGUUUCUUUCUGAUCGACUCUCCCUUUCACACACUGGUUACACUUCACCUCAGCACUCAGCAGACUCAACUGGCAGACACACAUUCAGUAUCUUGCAAUGCAAUCUCGGUGCCCUCGACACCGAAGCAUCAAACCCACAAGAGAAGCAAUACACACAUGCACACACUUUCUCACACAAUUUAUUCUCCUGGACUGCAAACCCUCCCAAACAAACUUGAAAAGAAUUGACGCGCACACCUCUAACCUACACCUACUUCCUACCAUGCCUACCACCGUGUGUGUCUCGGCCCAGGACGGACGUCCCGUUGCACAGUGGCAGGUCAGUGCUCCAUGGACAGGUCUUACACUGCAGGGGGCUACUACUGCUCUGUACUUUACUCCAAAAUGGCUGGCGUCAUGACCCCAGAGACUUUAUACUCGUAUACAGAACUAUUGUGGUACCCGUGGGGAAUGUCUACAGCACACUGUCCUCACCUGUGUUUCAACCAGUUUCUGGAUUGAUGUUAAUUAUUGUGAUUGCCACUGCCGGCCAUAGAUUUGUCUGUUUCUGAGAGGUGAAUGUUUGUGAUUUGUCUGUUUUUUAGAGAAGUGGCUAUUUUGUGCGAAACGUUACUGGGAUUUUUUUUUUUUUCCCUCUCAUUUGUCUAAAUUAUAUUUUUGUGACUGUCAGCAUUUACAAUAAAAAGGCAGCAUGGUAUAAUUUUCAGGAAGUGAGAAGAAAGUCAAGGGGGGGGGCAGCGUGCCCUAAGUACUUGUGAUAAAUUCUUUGUACAAAGGCUUGUUGGGCAGCAAGUGCACAGUCAUGCUAUGAUCCUCUCAUCACGUCUGCCUCCUGUAAGCCUUGUGACAAACAGUAGUUGAAUGACAAAGCAAAGAUUCUGGCACUGAAAACACAAUGUGACACAAGCAGGUUAUUGUUCAAAAGGAGAGAGCUAAUAAGGAUAGGAAAUUGUAAUUUUUGUAAAAGUAGUUGAUAAAGCAAUGUACAGCCCCAUUAUAUUGUCUAAAAAUACUUGUUCCAAAUGAACGAAAUCCUGAGGCCUAUUUUUUUUUUUUUUUUUUUAAACCCUCGUAUUAGACUAAGAACCACUCUGACCUGUGCACACCUGAACUUUUUGAAAACAGCCGUACAUUUGAAAUCCUGAAGUUCAGCUCACAUGAAAUUCACACUGUAGGACAGAGUUCAUAAACAAGGAUAUAGGCAAUGUCUGAAAAAGCAUUACUCUUUAAUCACAAUAAAAUUAGCCCUGAUGUUUGCCAAAAACUUUUAAUGGGAAAUCUCAUUUGCUCUCUGGUAUUAAUGUCUGUCAUUAUGUUGCCUGCAAUUUCAAAAGGUGGUGGGUUUUUGUUUGUUUUUUUCACUCUUUAAAUUGCAAGUUAUUGUUUGUGAAACAAGUCUUGUCAAUUUGUGGAUAGGAUUUCACUUUUUGUGUACACAAUCUGAAAUACUGUUGUAUUAACAUGACUGAUAUAUGUCGCUUUUGUAAUUUCUCAUUUGAGUGGCAUUAGGGCUGUGUACAGAACAUCUCUCUCUUUCUCCUGUCUGUCACCCACAGGUCCCACAUUGUUUUUGUAAAGCUCAGGGAGAUUAGCCGCCAUCUUUCUCUUGUUUUUUUUUGUAUUUAGACCACUUUUCUCUGUGACAGUUACAGAGGCUGUAAAUAAACAUUUGAAUUUACUUAUC